AGUUUGUAACCACAAAAUAAUCCUGACUGUACAACCAAACUAACGCGAUGUCCGGGUCACUCACGUUUAAGAUUUACCGGCAGAAGCCGGAGUUAGUUUCUCCGGCGAAGCCAACGCCAAGAGAGCUCAAACCCCUCUCAGAUAUUGACGACCAAGAAGGACUAAGAUUUCACAUUCCCACUAUCUUUUUCUAUAGACACAACCCUACUACUAACUCUGAUCCUGUCGCAGUCAUUCGGAGAGCUCUCGCAGAGACGCUGGUUUACUACUAUCCGUUCGCCGGUAGGCUUCGGGAAGGACCGAACCGGAAACUGGCUGUGGAUUGUACCGGUGAAGGCGUUUUGUUUAUUGAGGCUGAUGCUGACGUGACACUUGUUGAGUUUGAAGAGAAGGAUGCUCUUAAGCCUCCUUUCCCUUGCUUUGAAGAGCUUCUGUUUAACGUUGAAGGUUCUUGUGAAAUGCUCAACACUCCUUUGAUGCUCAUGCAGGUCACGCGCUUGAAAUGCGGCGGUUUUAUCUUCGCCGUCCGUAUCAACCACGCAAUGUCCGAUGCCGGCGGUCUCACGCUGUUCCUCAAAACGAUGUGCGAGUUCGUGCGUGGUUAUCAUGCACCUACGGUUGCUCCGGUGUGGGAACGUCACCUGCUGAGCGCCAGAGUCCUGCUGCGUGUGACACACGCACACCGAGAGUACGACGAAAUGCCGGCAAUAGGUACAGAACUCGGCAGUAGAAGAGACAAUCUGGUAGGCCGGUCACUCUUCUUCGGUCCCUGCGAGAUGUCCGCAAUACGCAGGCUCCUCCCACCAAAUCUUGUCAACAGCAGCACCAAUAUGGAAAUGCUAACGUCUUUCUUAUGGCGUUAUCGCACCAUCGCUCUACGACCAGACCAGGACAAGGAGAUGCGGCUCAUAUUAAUUGUCAACGCACGUUCUAAGCUUAAAAAUCCACCACUACCUCGAGGAUACUACGGAAAUGCCUUUGCGUUCCCAGUCGCAAUCGCAACAGCUAAUGAACUAACUAAGAAACCGUUAGAGUUUGCUCUGAGACUAAUAAAAGAGGCGAAAUCGAGCGUGACGGAGGAGUACAUGCGAUCACUUGCGGAUCUGAUGGUGAUAAAGGGAAGACCAAGCUUCUCGUCGGACGGAGCUUACUUGGUUUCGGAUGUAAGAAUUUUCGCAGAUAUUGAUUUCGGAAUUUGGGGGAAACCAGUUUACGGAGGAAUUGGUACAGCCGGAGUUGAAGACCUUCCGGGGGCUAGCUUCUACGUUUCAUUUGAGAAGAGAAAUGGUGAGAUAGGGAUCGUUGUACCGGUUUGUUUGCCAGAGAAGGCGAUGCAGAGGUUUGUGGAAGAGCUUGAAGGCGUGUUUAAUGGUCAAGUUGUAUUCAAUAGAGGAAGCAAAAGCUCUAAUAAAUUGAUCAUGUCUUCUCUGUAAAAACUACCUUAUUGAUAACUUCAAUGCAAUGAUUGUCUUAGUAAAGAAACUCGAACUCUCUGUAUUUGUUUGCA